CUCUGCCUGCCUGUGCCUUUGGAUACACACAUAAAUACACAACCUCUCUCGGCCCGUCCCUCCCUCUCUCCCUCUCCUGCUCUUUCCCGGCCGUCUCCUCCUCCCUCUCUCCUCCUCUUUCCCCUCCUCUUUCCCUUCCCCCAGAGUUGCCGGAGGAGGCCGGAGCAAGCAGGCAGGCAGGCAGGCAGGCAGGCAGGCGCGGUGCUCCUGUUGUGUGCGCGCCUCUCUCUCUUUCUCUCUCUCUCUGGGCUGCCUCCUCUCGGCCCAGGCGCGCCGCAGCUGCCCAAGGAAGAGUCUCCCUUCCCUCCGCCCGGUGCGCAGCAGCCAUGAGCGGCGGCGAAGUGGUCUGCUCGGGCUGGCUCCGAAAGUCGCCGCCGGAGAAGAAGUUGAAACGCUACGCAUGGAAGAGGAGAUGGUUUGUGCUCCGCAGUGGUCGACUGACAGGGGAUCCAGAUGUGUUGGAAUACUACAAAAAUGACCAUGCCAAGAAACCAAUUCGUAUCAUUGACUUGAACUUGUGUCAACAAGUGGAUGCUGGAUUGACAUUUAACAAAAAAGAAUUUGAAAACAGCUAUAUUUUUGACAUCAACACAAUAGACAGAGUCUUCUACUUGGUUGCCGACAGUGAAGAGGAGAUGAAUAAGUGGGUUCAAUGUAUUUGUGAAAUCUGUGGGUUCAACGCUACUGAAGAAGAUGCUGUGAAGCUACCUGGCAGUUCUCUGCAGGCACCUGCCGAAUUGCCCUCGGCUGUCAACACUUCCCUGCCGUCUGUGCAAGCAGAACCAUCCCUACCUCCUCCAUACCAGCUAAUUAACAUCCCACCAUCAGAGUCUGCCUCAAGUCAAGAAGAUCCACAAGACUACCUGUUACUAAUUAACUGUCAGAGCAAGAAGCCUGAACCCACAAGGUCACAGUCUGACUCAGCAAAAACUGCCUCUUCAGAAACAGACUGCAAUGAUAAUGUGCCUUCCCAUAAAACAUCUGUACAGUCGCUGAACAAGCAUGCAGUGAAUGGGUUUUUUCAGCAGCAAAGUGUCUAUGACUCUCCCCCGCCGAGAGCUGCCUCCGUAUCUGUGGAUGGCAGCCUUUAUAAUUUGCCAAGGAGUUACUCGCAUGAUGUUUUACCGAAGCCAUCUCCUUCUGGGACUGAUGCAGAUGGAGAGCAACAUGUUUUCAGUGUUCCAUCUGCAGCAUCUUCUCUUGAUGCACAACUGAAGGCUUUCUCCAUUAGUUAUGACAUUCCCCCAACACCUGGAAGUACGUACCAGAUUCCACGAACUUUCCCGGAAGGAACAUUGGCUCAGAGUUCGAAGCUAGAGACUAUUCCAGAUGUCCCUCCACCUCGGCCACCAAAACCUCACCAUCCUUCAGACCGCUCACCUGUGGAGGUGUGCAGUAUCUCCCGCACUUCCUCAGACACCGAUAGCAGCUACUGCAUCCCUACUGGCGGAAUGCCCCCAUCGCGCAGCAACACAAUUUCCACCAUGGAUUUGAAUAUAUUUCGUAAAGAUAUGGGUUCUCAAGAUUGCUAUUUUAUUCCACGGACAUUUCCGAAUGACAGAUCAAGCUCAUUGGAAGGUUUUCAUAACCACUUUAAAAACAAAAGCCUAUUGACUGUGGGAAGCGUUUCAAGCGAAGAAUUGGAUGAAAAUUAUGUCCCCAUGAACCCAAACUCUCCACCGCGGCAGCAUUCUAGCAGUUUUACUGAACCUUUCCAGGAAAUGACGAACUAUGUGCCGAUGACUCCUGGCACUUUUGACUUUUCCCUGUUUGGAAUGCAAGUCCCCCCGCCAGCACACAUGGGGUUUAGGUCGAGUCCCAAGACCCCUCCCAGGCGGCCUGUCCCUGUUGCUGAAUGUGAACCACCACCAGUGGAUAGGAACCUCAAGCCAGACAGGAAAGGUCAGAGCCCUAAAAUUUUAAGACCUAAGCCACAUGGUUUAGAGCGAACAGAUUCCCAAACCAUAGGUGAAUUUACUACAAGAAGAAAGGUAAAACCAGCACCACUAGAAAUAAAACCUCUCCCUGAAUGGGAAGAAUUGCCAGCUCCAGUUAGAUCUCCAAUCACCAGAAGUUUUACACGAGAUUCCUCCAGGUUUCCUUUGUCUCCCCGACCAGAUUCAGUCCAUAGCACAACUUCCAGCAGUGAUUCACAUGACAGUGAAGAGAAUUAUGUACCCAUGAAUCCAAAUCAGUCCAGUGAUGAUCCAGUUCUGUUUGGGAGCAGCAGUCUCGAUGGGGGAAGCAGUCCUAUGGUAAAACCUAAAGAUAAGCAAGUGGAAUAUUUAGAUCUGGAUUUAGAUUCUGGAAAAUCUACCCCACCUCGCAAGAAAAAGAGCAGCGGUUCAGGCAGCAGUGUGGCAGAUGAAAGAGUGGAUUAUGUUGUAGUUGACCAGCAGAAAACACUAGCGCUGAAGAGUACACGGGAAGCUUGGACAGACGGGAGGCAAUCCACAGAAUCUGAAACGCCAAUUAAAAAUGUAAAAUGAAAAAAAAAAAGAA